CUACACGCUUUCGAUACUGUAUCGCCAGUACCUUACUCUAUCGAUAUUUCACCCGAAACAUAUGAAAAUAUUAAUGAUAAUAUGAACACGGAAGAGAAUGAUCAUUUAGUUGAUGAUUGCAAUAGCAAAGAAUCAGAAAUGAAAAAUAGAAGUAUUUAUGAUUUUAUAAUCUUUUUCUUUUUGCUCAUAUAUUAAUUUUAAUGCCAUUAAAUUCAAUAGAGACAAAUAGUGAACCGAUACUUGAAAUUGAUGGUGGAUGGCAAGAUUCUGAUGAUGAGAAUAUCACCGUUUCCCUAAAAAGUAAAAAUAGGUUGAAAAAGUUAAGAACAACCGAAGAAGAAGAUAUAAUAUCCGGCGAUCAAUAUGAAAAGAGAUUAAGAAACCAGUUUGAAAAACUUCAUCCAACACCAAAUUGGGCCAUUGUACCAUCCAAACGAAAAAGACGAACUGAAAGUGAAAUUUUCGAUGGAGACUCGUCUGAUAUAGAAAAGAUAGAUGUUCUAAACAAAGAUAUUGAUGAAUCGUUAGUAAAGUCCGGUGUGAAUUCAAGAUGGAAAUUAAAGGCAAACAAGCUUGAAAUUUACCGGAUGCAAGAUGCUAACCGAGCAGCGUAUUCACAAUGUGCAAUUCAAUCAUUGAAAUUUCACCCAAAUUCGCAAGUAAUAAUGACUGCAGGAUUAGAUAAAACAAUACGAUUAUUCCAGGUGGAUGGCAAGAAAAACCCAAAAAUCCAAUCAGUGAUUUUCAAUGAUUUACCGAUUUUAAGAGCAGAAUUUAAUCCUAGCGGUUCUGAAAUUAUAAUAUCUGGACGACGAAAGUAUUUUUAUAUAUAUAAUAUUGAGGCAGGAAGUAUUGAUAGAUCUCAAGGGAUAUUUGGGACGGAGGAUAAAACUCGAGAGAAUUUUUUGAUAUCUCCGUGCGGAAAAUAUAUCGUGUUUAUAGGAAGUAAUGGUUAUUUAACAUUGGUUAGUUAUCAGACAAAACAGCAAGUUGCCAACCUGAAAAUGAAUGGUUCUGCAGAUGCAGCUGCUUGGUCUAGUGAUGGCAAAUAUUUAUUUUCAGCCGGUAAAGAUGCUACAAUCUAUCAAUGGGAUGUAGGUGCACGUAAAGUUGUGCAUUGCUUUGCGGAUGAAGGUGGAUAUAAACCUAAAAAAAUAGCAGUGUCCAGGAAUAAUGAUUAUUUUGCUAUCGGUUCACAUUCCGGUAUUGUUAAUAUUUAUGAUGAUUCCUGUCUGUCUUCAACAAAUCCAAAACCUAUGAAAUCUAUAAUGAACUUAACAACUAGUGUUCAUGAUAUGAAGUUCAAUCAUGACACUCAGAUACUUGGAAUCUCAAGUCAUUCUAAAAGAGAUCAAUUAAAAAUGGUUCAUUUACCUUCAUUCAAUGUAUUUCCAAACUGGCCAAAUAUAGCAAAUCCUUUAGGUUAUGUUCAAUGCUUUGAUUUUUCACCUAAUAGUGGUUAUAUUACCAUAGGUAAUGAAAAAGGUAAAGCACUUUUAUAUAGGUUACUCUCUUAUCCAAAUGCAUAGAUAUUUUAUUAUAUUAGAAAUCUUUUAUUUGCAAAUUUAAAUAAUAUUGUGCAUAGAGUUUACAAUUUCUUAUUUCAAUUUAAAUAAUCAAACCAAUUUAAAAUAUAAAAUAUAAUUCUUUUUUUUUUAAUUGAAUA